AUGGAUGGAGUUGUGAUGAUUUCGGAUAUAGCGUGGAUCCAGCGAGGAGUGGCGAAGAAAAUUCCGUACAAGGUGAAGCUAGACGAUGAUCAGUUGAAAGAACUUAUUGCCGGUGCUGUUCCCGAUACUUCAGAAGUGGACAGUGAGGAGGAAAAAGAGGACGAAACUGCAGGAACUGGAUCAACUGAAGCAGCUGAUUCGUCUUCCGUAAAAAAGGAACCUGGUGUUCGUGGGUCAGCAUCCAAGGAAAUUGAAGAGGAUCAAGAGGAUGUAGAGAUGCAAGCCAUGGAAACUGAGAAGGAAAAAAAGGACGGAGGGAUGCGGGGAAUUGCUAUGUAUUCGUCGAAUACAGACGAUCCCUACGUAACUUUGCAUGUUGAUAGCGAUGAAGAAGAGAAAGAAGAAAUAGAAGUGAAACCCGAGGACAACCUCGUCGCUCUGGCUAAAAUUGAUAAGAAUAACUACACCUUAGAAGUGUUUGUGUACAACGAGAACAAUGGUGAUUGGUACUGCCACCACGAUUAUAUUUUGGAUGCUCCACCUUUGUGCCUCGAACCUGUACAACACGAUCCGGGGAACGAUGAAACUGGAAAAGGAAAUCUUCUUGCUGUUGGUACCAUGGAUCCGAUUAUCAACAUUUGGGACCUAGACAUAAUGAAUGCUGUUGCUCCUGUCGUCUCCUUAGGCGCCAAGAAGAAAGGUCGCAGAAAGAAGCGGGACGGUAGGGAGCAGGGCCAUUCUGAUGCGGUCUUGAGCAUCGCCUGGAACAAGUUAACACCACACGUUCUUGCAAGCGGAGGCGCAGAUAAACAAAUAAUUUUGUGGGAUUUGGACGAGGCCAAGGCAGCACAAUCAUUUUCUGAACGAAGUGGAGAGAUACAAGCGUUAGCAUGGCACUCCGCUGAGCAAUCUUUCAUUCUUUCCGGUGCAUUGAGUGGUGCAGUUGACGUCCUGGAUUGUCGUGAAUUAAAUGGAUCUCCAUCGGCAUCUUGGCAGUUCAAUGCACAGAUUGAGCAGAUCAAAUGGAACCACUUUAAUCCAUUCGCAGCAUUUAUUGCCUCUGACGACGGAAUGCUGCGGCACAUAGAUAUGCGAAAGCCUGGUGAAUGUUUAUGGGAAGGGCAAGCUCAUGAUGGAAGUGUCAGUGCUCUCACUUUGUCUGCUAUCAUUCGUGGUCUUCUUGUGACCGUCGGACAUGAUCAGAUGCUCUGCGUAUGGAAAGUUGAAGAUGAUGGAUCUAUAAGGAAGAUACAUUCCGAGACGCAAAAUAUUGGCACACUACAUGCUGCUCAGUUCAAUCCUGAUGUGGGCACACCGAUUCAGCGUUGUCCUAUGUACAAAGCUGAGUUCAGUGUUGAGGAAAAUUCAAAAGGAUUUUCACCAGGAGGAGGAGACGAUCUCGUCAUCCGAUUUGCUGAAGGGAUAGGGGAGAGAGUGUUUGCUCAUGCUGUAGUGUUCUGCACAUCCUACUCUAACUCGAGACGAGCUCGUGUUUCUGCUAUUCAUCACUACAGCUAUUCAUUAUGCUACUAUUAUUAUUUAUUAUUAUUAUUAUUGUUACUAUUAUUAUUAUUAUUAUUAUUAUUAUUAUUAUUAUUAUUAUUAUUAUUAUUAUUAUUAUUAUUAUUAUUAUUAUUAUUAUUAUUAUUAUUAUUAUUAUUAUUAUUAUUAUUAUUAUUAUUAUUAUGA